AUGACCCUGAGAGUAGAAGCUUGUAGCAGCGCUGUGCCCGCGCGACCAGCGAAGCGGAGCAGGCCGAGCUUUGCCAAUUCGGAGGAGGAGGAGAUCUCUGACGAUGGCGCCCCCAGUGCAAUGCCCAUACAGCGGAACAUCCAGAAGAAUUCCCUUCCCGUGCCCCCUAUGGCGGUGCCCUCCGUGGAAGGCUUUGCGCGAUGGAACCUCCAGAGAUGCCCAGAGGUCUUGGAGGCCAUUCGCGCAAAAUUCCAGCACCAAAGACGCCCUGUACGAGUUUUUUCCAUGUACACUGGCUGGGGCACUGCCGAGAUGGUAGCACAUGCUGUGAAAGGGGAGCUUGAGCGCGUCGGUGUCAAGCUUCAGAUAGAGGUGGCCUGGAUUUGCGAGUCCAAUCGGGACAAGUGCAACUAUUUGGCUCAUGCCUUCAAGGAUGUGCCAUAUAUAUUCACCGAUGCAUCUGAAGUGGCGACCGGGUGUGCCUACGACUUUCUAAGCGGUCGGAGACUCUUGGCACCCUUGGAUUUGGACAUGGGUUUCGUGGGCUAUCCAUGUGUGGAUUUGUCCAGCCUCAACAUCGGCCAGAGCAAGUUCAUGGAUGCCAACACGGCCACGGGCAAAGGCUAUGCCAACAUGCUGAAGCUGGUGGACCUUUGUGAUCAGCUGGUUUUCCUGGGCGUUGAGAACAGUGGCAACAUGUGGCGGAAGCGGAAGCAGGACCAGUUCCACCGACCAAUUGAGAUCCAAGACAGGGCUUUCCGGCAGCGGAACUUUGCUGCCUGCUCUCAUUGCGUCUCCUCGCAUGAGUUUGGUCCACCGCAAAGCCGACGGAGAUCUUGGAGUUUGUAUUUCAAGAGUGCACAUGCUGAUGAAGCAGAUGCGUCCAAUAUAUUUUUGUCCUUCAAAUGUGCCUUAAUGCCCAUAGAGCAGAUCCUCCAAACUGAGCCGGAGCAGCCGAGGAUGAGCAGAGCUGCGACAGGGCAGCGGCAGGCCAAGUGGCAAAAACAAUUUGAGGAGCUCAGCAAAUCGCUGGAUCAGGCUCGGCUUGGCGCGAAGCUGCGUGAGGUCACGGCCCGCAAUCUGAAGUUGACUGCGCGGGAGCUCCAUGUGGUGGCUUUAGCAGCAUAUCAACUGGAGAGCCGUGGCGUGGAUUUGGAGGAGCGGCAGGUGGUGAUCCAAGUGGACCAGAACUUCGGACGUAGCCACCGUACAGAUUUUCGCUUGGCACCGUGCGUGAUCCCCCAGGGCAAGUACAUCGUCACAGGUCGCAGUUGGAGACUGCUAGGAACACGAGAGAAAUGUUUUCUUCAAGGUGUUGGCCCUGCAGAGGUUGACGGCUAUGCUAUGGAGACGCACCUGUCAGCGAUGCAGCUCAGCGACAUGGCAGGGAAUGCCUUCACUGCACAGAUUUGCUUGGCCGCCUUUUUGACGGCGUUGGCCUGUGUAGACCUUGAGUGCUGA